AUGGAAUCUGAAGAAUUAGGUACUUGCAAAUCAGCUCCUGUACAUCAGGAAGAUCCUUCAGAAUGUAAAAUUUCAAAGGAAACAGAGAUGCUUAUAGGUAAGACAGUAAUAAAUUCAGAGUCUAGAUAUAGCAAAGAGCAAAUCAAAGGACUUCAAAAUAGAGGAAUUGGCUUUUCGGAUUUUGGAAAUUGGGCAAAAGAUUGAUGGAUUUGAGUAAAUAAGUUUGUUUGAGCAAAUAGUGUUCCUUGUUAA